CUUCCAAUUUUUCCCCAUCAUGUCCUCCAUUACUCUUUCUCUUCUCCUUUUACUUUCUUCCUCCGUUCACUCCAUCUCCGCCACUGCCACCGUCGUCGCCGCCAGAAACCUUGCCUUCACAGACCAACCUCUCGAUCUCGACUCCUUCCCUUUCGAAUACCAUGGCGGCCCUCUUCUCUCCGGUAACAUAACCAUUAAUCUCAUUUGGUAUGGCAAUUUCAUUCCCUCCCAGAAAUCCAUUGUUACUGAUUUCAUCAAUUCUGUUUCUUCUUCUUCCAAAUCAACUGUUUCCCCUCAUCCCUCUGUUUCCACUUGGUGGAACGCCAUUAACAAAUUUUACAAUCUCGCUAAGAAAUCCCAUCGCGUUUCUCUCUCAUUGGGAUCGCAAAUUCUCGACCCCAAAUAUUCCCUUGGAAAAUCUCUAACCGAUCGUCACAUUCUUUCUCUGGCCUCCAGAGGCAGACACAAAUAUGCAAUCAAUGUGGUUUUAACGGCGGCGGAUGUCACCAUUGACGGAUUCUGUUUUAACAAAUGUGGGUCUCAUGGGAUUUCCGUCGGAGCUCCGAUUAAGGGGAAGAGGUACAAAUUUGAGUAUAUUUGGGUGGGUAAUUCAGCAACCCAAUGUCCAGGGCAGUGUGCUUGGCCGUUUCACCGGCCGGUGUACGGUCCUCAGAAUCCGCCGUUAGUGCCGCCAAAUAAGGAUGUGGGAAUGGACGGUAUUAUAAUAAACCUGGCGAGUCUUCUUGCCGGAACUGCGACGAAUCCGUUCGGGAAUGGGUUCUAUCAAGGCUCCAAGGAAGCACCGCUGGAGGCGGCGUCGGCCUGCACCGGAAUAUUUGGGAAAGGGGCUUUUCCGGGGUACCCUGGGGAGCUUCUGGUGGACCGAACCACCGGAGCGAGUUACAAUGCAAACGGCGGCAAUGGCCGGAAAUAUCUGCUUCCGGCAUUGUUUAAUCCGAUCACUUCCACUUGUUCAACUCUGGUUUGAGACUUUAAGAUACGAUGGCACCGCACAGUUAAACGAGACGUAUUAAGAUGAUUUGUUCAUUUAUAAUUUUAAGAAAAAACCCAAAAAUAUUUAGCAAAAAGUUUAAAAAGUACAACUUUUUUGUGUAAAUAUUUUUAAAUGUUAUUUUAUAUUUAAAAAUGCCUAUUUUCCUUUUUAUUCAAUAUACAAAAUAAUAUGCAUUUUAUUCACUCUUAUUUCUUGUUGAUCGAUGUUUGAAUGGAAAACCUUGUGGAUAUACUUGUUAAUGGUCAUGAUAUGGUGAUUGUUGUUAUUUUCAUAU